UGUUCUCGAGUAAGGAGAAAAAAAAACUCGGGGGUGCCACAUCUGGAAUAGUGGCUCCGUGGUUAGAGAAUCAAGAGCGGGAUCUUUGCUGAAGUUCUUCUGCUCUUCACUCCCGACUUCUUACAGAAAACAUCUCAUCUUGCCUUUUUUAUCUACCUGAAAAUGCGUCAAAUCCUUGCCGGUGUGCUUAUCUUGCACCUUAUCAUCCUGAUCCUCCUCUUAGUAUCAACAGCUGUCAAUGCCUGGACUGUUGGUGCAAAUAGCACAGAUCUGUGGUACGCCUGUCGCACAAACAACGGGGGUUACCACUGCAUGCCCACCAGCAGCGAAGACUGGAUCCAGGCUGUGCAGGCCCUCAUGAUCCUGUCGGUGCUGUUCUGUUUCUUCUCCCUCGUGGCCUUCAUAUACCAACUCUUCAACCUGGUCAAAGAUGGCCGCUUCUUCUUUACCGCGAUCUUCCAGAUCCUGGCCAGCCUGUUUGUGAUGUGUGGAGCCAUCAUCUACACAGUAAUGAGCCCCCAGCCAGACCCAGGCACCACCUUUGGCUAUGCCUAUGUGUUGGCCUGGGUGUCCUUCCCUCUGUGCCUGAUCAGUGGCCUCAUCUACAUCAUCCUGAGGAAGAGAGAAUGAGAGGCCUGUCCAGAGCCCAGAACACACCAGAACACAGCACUGUGGCCACAGGCCCACUGGAACCCCAUGUACAGGUGGGCCCUUGGAGAAGAACUGUCCUGCCACGAUACUGUCCAAAGAUGUACAUAGUGUCUGUGGUUUUUUAGACAUAUUUAUGACAUUUUGACAUGCCUUUUUGUACAUAGUGUUGUUGACUUGUUUCCAUGGCAGAGAUCAUGACUCUUACUGAUUUUUUUACAAUUAUGUCACAUUUCAAAAAAGCACAUUUGUGUUCUUUGAUGAAGGCAAUCGUAAAUACUCAUAUUCUAAAUUGAACCAUUUCUAUGUGUUUUUGUGUGUUUACAAGCUAAUUGAGACAUUACUUUGAAGUAUUCUUGUAUGUGAUAUGCCAAAUUAAAUUGCUGUUUGUUUUAUACUUCCGAUUUUGAAAAGAAAAUGGUGCUAUGUAUUUGUUGCCAUUGUCCUUUGUGUCAUCGUCAAAUGAUUUUAACAGUGUUAGUGUUUUAUGUAUUGUGCUAUGCUCUGCCCUCUCUGGACACAGGCUUAUUGCAACUUUCUGUUUAUAUUCUUAUAAAUAAAACUAUGGUAAAAACCUUG